UAAUGUUAAUUUCUUAACUCUUAAGCACUAUUUGUUUAAAUUUCAUAUUAUUUUCUUGCGGAAAGCUUUUCCUUUGUCGUUAGUAGAUAGUUAUUUUGCACUAGCAUUUUAUUGGUAUUCUUUUUAGUUUUUUUAUUGUGUCGUCAUGGCUGACGUUGAACGACUUACUCGUGAUAAACAGCGUGCAAUGAGGAGACGUGAUGCUGCUGCAAGUCAUAUUGAAGCAAUCUAUUCUUUAGGCCUCAAUGCUUCAACAGAUAGCUCUAUCAUUCCAAAAUUUCUUUUAGCUGCUGAGGAUCUUCACAGCUAUUGGACAAAGUUCACCCUCGAAAAUGAUUCCCUGUUGGAAGCUAUGAUUGAGCUGGGUAAUGAUGAUGAAUUUUCAAAUAAUGUAGAGUUGGAGGUUCACAGUACCUUUCUAAAUGCUAAAGCUUUGGUUAACAAGUUCCAAUCUAGUUCAGAUAGUCUUGGUUUGGUCAGUGAGACUAGUGUCGUUGAUAAGCUUGAUGGUGAUAAUACUGGCUUAAUGGUGAAUCCAACAGCUCAGGUGGGUCCCGUUAUUGCCAGUACAGAAUCCUCUGGUUCCAGCGUUCAGUUACCAAAGAUUCCAUUACCUACUUUCGAUGGUCGUUUGCAAUCGUGGCCCGAUUUUAGGGAUCGGUUUACCACUUUAGUAGGUCGGAGAGCUCAUCUCAGUAACAUUGAAAAAUUCUAUUAUUUAUUAGGUUGUCUACAGUCUGGUCCUAAUGAGGUAGUGAAAGGUAUUACUGUUUCUGAAUCCACCUAUGAGCUUGCUUGGUCCGCUUUAGUUCAAAGAUACGACAAGCCUCGGCAGCUAGCGACCACUUUAGUUAAUGAAAUGUUAACCGCUACGAAUAAUCAACAAGAGUCUCCGGCCGCAUUAAUAAAUUUUUUAAAUACAUUCUGCGAAAACAUAGCCUUGCUCAGGUCUUUAAAUAUAACUGAUAUCGGUUCGUUUCUGUUAUUUACGAUUUCUGUUCGCUGUUUGCCACCAACUACUCGUCGUCUGUUUGAACAGGGUAAUACGGUCGAUUUUCCUACGGUGGACAAUUUGCUCUGUUUUGUCAAGGAUCGGGUAGAGGUGUUGGAAAAUUCCGGAUCAGCUCAGAUCCAUUCCACACCGAAGACCCAGACAAAGGCGGUCAUAAAUCUGCCCAAAUCAUCCAACGCGAAAGUUCAGGGUGCGAAAGCUUUUCGGGGACAUCAGGGUUCUCCAGUGGCUUUAGUCGCUAAUAAGCAGGGUGAAGAAGCCAGACGAUGUUUACAGUGCAGUAAUUCGCAUUCUUUAGAGUCGUGCCCCACGUUUAAACAAUUGUCUGUUGAUGAUCGCUACGUUCUAGUGAGUAAGCAUCGCUUGUGUAUGAUUUGUUUUGGCAAUAAUCAUUGGGCCAAUAAAUGCAAGUCGUCGUGUUCCAUUUGCCAUGGUCGUCAUAACCAUCUGCUACAUCGGGAUAAUUCCCACGCUAAAUCGUCUGCGCCCAAAGCUCCGGUUGCAUUGUUAGUUGAUUCUCAACGAUCUCGUUCAGUCUUAUUGGGAACAGCUUCGGUCAACGUUCUUGACAUAGCUGGAUGUUCACGUCCAGUUCGGGCCUUAAUUGAUUCUGCCUCACAGGUGAGUAUCAUCUCAUCCGCAUGUGUUCAGCGCUUAGGUCUACGUCGUGAACCAUGGACAGUACCAGUGUCUGGAAUAGCAGGGCAAUCCGUGCAGACCAUCGAUGGCAAAGUGCAGAUCAGCAUACAAUUAGUCGACGAUAGUGGUACCAUAGUUUUAGACGCUUGGUCAAUGCCCAAGAUCACCGGUUCAUUACCAGCAGUUCAGCUACCUACCUUCGUUCGGGACAAGUGCUCUCACCUCAACUUAGCUGACCCCAAGUUUGACUCGCCAGCUCCGGUCGAGUUACUGCUUGGAGCCGACGUUUUUCCGCGAGUGCUCCGCAGUGGUAGAGAAGAUUUGGGUACCGGUUUUCCCACUGCUCUCGAGACCAUCUUCGGUUGGAUUCUUCUUGGUCCGGUUGAUUCCCAUCCGUCGCCGGUUCCACCACAGAUCAUGACUUCGUUACUAGCUACGUCCAUCGAAUCUUUAGUUGAAAGAUUUUGGGAAGUCGAAGAGCCGGAAGAAGUGCCGUUGUCUUUCACCGAAGAAGGAAAAUGUGAAGAAAUCUUUGUACGGGAAACUUACCGCGAUAGUUCGGGUCGGUUUGUAGUUCCGCUUCCAUUUCGUGUUCCACCCACGUCGUCAACCUUUUGUGGCUCGCGCCAAAUGGCUCUAAUUCGCUUUGAGCAUCUGGAGCGUAAAUUAAUACGGGAUGAAGCAUUGUACGUUGCAUAUAGGCAGUUCAUGGCAGAUUAUGAGUCGCUUGGCCAUAUGUCAGUUGCGGAAUCCCCUGGUGUUUAUUUUCUGCCUCAUCAUGCAGUUCGCAAGAUGGAGGGUAACAACGUCAAGCUCCGAGUGGUGUUCGACGCGUCAGCUCGACCUCCAUCAAACACUUCACUCAACGACGCUCUGUUAGUGGGUCCGAAGCUCCAGCAGGAUAUAGUAGAUAUUCUGCUUCGAUUCCGUCUUCAUGCAAUUGUUUUUACUGCGGACAUCUGCAAGAUGUAUCGGCAGAUUUGGUUAGCUCCAGAAUACCGACGAUGUCAGCACAUUUUGUGGCGGUCUUCACCUCAUGACAAGAUUCAAGAGUUCGAAUUGAACACUGUCACAUAUGGUGUCGCCUCCGCUCCCUAUUUGGCGUUAAGGGUAUUAAAGGAAAUUGCCAUCAGUCAUGGUGAACAGUACCCAUUAGUCCAGUCGGCUCUAUUAUACCAGACCUACAUGGAUGAUAUAUGCACUGGUGCAGACUGCAUUAGUGAUGCUCAGGCUUUUCAAAGCGACUUGAUCAAUAUUCUUGGCCAGUUCGGUCUAGAACUGAAGAAGUGGGCGAGUAAUUCACCUCAGCUGUUGGAGAACAUACUUCCGGAGGACAGGGCAGUAGGCUCGCUGCCGUUCAACGAUGGUGAUACCCUUUCAGUUCAAGUUUUGGGUAUGAAGUGGAAUCCCGAUGAUGAUACCUUCAACUAUAACGUCAGUUCGACUAAGUUUGUGUCAUCAAAACGCAGUAUGUUAUCAGUUAUCGCUCGGAUCUUUGAUCCUCUCGGUUUUUUGUCUCCAGUGAUCUUUUAUGCUAAACAUCAACUGCAGUGCGUUUGGCAGGCCGGUGUUUCGUGGGAUGAACGGCUUCCAUUAGCAUUAGAAAAUUCUUGGAUGUCGUUUGUUAAAGAUUUACAUUGUUUAUCUGCGAUUCGAGUACCGAGGUUCGUUGGUACAUCGGAAGGUUCCCGAUAUGAGUUGUGUGGCUUUGCAGAUGCGUCAAACAAAGGUUAUGCUGCUGUUAUUUAUUUGCGUGUGUCCGAUCGUCAUCACCAAGUUUCGGUGUUCUUGCUAGGCAGUAAAACCAAAUUAGCUCCCACCAAACCUAUGUCCAUACCUCGUCUUGAAUUAUGUGCUGCUGGAUUACUUGCUCGCUGGUUAAGUCGUAUACAAAGCACUUUGUCGUCUCAGCUCGUUAUCGACAAUGUUUUCGCUUGGUCAGAUUCGUUGGUGGUAUUAUCGUGGUUAAAAACACCACAUAUGUCUUAUAAGAUUUUUGUUUCAAAUCGAGUUAACAAAAUUCGAGAGUUGUUGCCUCUCUGUCGUUGGUUUUAUGUCAAUACUAGCAUAAAUCCAGCUGAUUGUGCUUCCCGAGGAUUACGCCCUGGAGAACUAGCUCAGUGUGACCUCUAUUGGACGGGUCCUUCCUUUUUACAUCAGUUCGGUGAAAGUUGGUCAUCCAAGGUUGAACUGAUUCCAUCGAAUCAGCUACCCGAGGUUUCAGGAUCGGUGUCUUGUUUUGUCGAAAUGACGGGGGAGGUAAAUGAAUGGUUUUCGCGAUUUUCAUCAUUAAAUCGCAUGCUGCGGGUUGUUGUUCGCUUACAACGUCUUGUAAAACUAUACCGCAAGACUCCUGUAGAUACAAGUUUUAUUUCUUUCUAUGAUUAUAAUGAUGCGCUAUUAGCGAUCGUCAAAUGCUCGCAAGCUAUAUUUUUUAAGGCUUUGCUCCGAGAGCUAUCAUCUGGUCAGUCUAUCUCUUCUCGUCCAUUGGCUCGUCUAUCACCGUUUAUAGAUAAAAAUGGCGUCAUUCGGGUGGGCGGUCGCCUUCGUCAUUCCUUGUUGUCAGAUCGACGCAAGUUUCCUAUUCUAUUGUCCAAAUCCUCUCAUUUGUCAUUGCUCGUUGCAAGACAUUGGCAUCGGUUCGCUUGUCAUGCUGGUCCUCGUCUCAUGUCAGAUCUAAUAUGUAGACAGUUUUGGAUCGUAGGCGAUCGUUAUGUUAUCCGUCGUGCCAUUAGUGAAUGUACUGUUUGCGUCAGGUUGUCCGCUCGCAACCCGCAACCAAUAAUGUCUGAUUUACCUGACUUUCGAGUCCAACAGUGUCAUCCCUUCGCCUGCGUAGGUAUUGAUUAUGCUGGUCCGCUUCUUAUAAAGGAAACUAACCUAAGAAAGGCACGGCAAUAUAAGGUCUAUAUUGCAGUGUUUGUAUGUAUGAGCGUCAAGGCAGUUCACCUUGAGCUAGUGACAGAUCUGUCCACAGAUGCUUUCUUGGCAGCGUUCGACCGCUUCGUGGCUCGGCGAGGAAUGCCGUCGGCAGUGUAUUCCGACUGUGGGACUAAUUUUGUUGGAGCGUCGAAAAGGCUUUUUGACCUAAUUAAUGACCCUAAAAACCGCGAUCAGCUCAGUUCCGCUUUUGCUUGUUCUUGGAAUUUCAAUCCGCCUAGUGCUCCCCACUUUGGUGGGCUCUGGGAAGCCGCUGUUCGUUCCACUAAGCUCUUGUUGGUUCGGGUAGUCGGUAACCAGAUUCUGUCGUACGAAGAGUUCACGACAAUUUUGUGUAGAAUAGAGUCGGUAUUGAAUUCUAGGCCGUUAACGCCGUCGUCUAAUGACCCGAAUGAUUUAGAUUGUCUUACCCCUGGUCAUUUUCUUGUUGGUAGACACUUGUGUGCAGUGCCUGAACCAGAGAUCUCCGUCAGCUCGACAAAUCUCAAAAACCGUUGGAAGUUCCUCCACCAGGUUUUUCAAUCGUUCUGGCGUCGUUGGUCCAACGAGUAUUUGCAUACUCUACAGACCAAAGGACGAUGGUUAGUUAACCAAGAGAAUCUUAAACUAGGUGAGUUAGUAAUUAUCAAGGACAAUAACUCUUCCCCGUUAGUGUGGAGGUUGGGUCGAAUCCAAGAGCUUCUACCCGGUUCAGACGGUGUCGUAAGAGUAGUUAAAUUGCUCACGAGACAAGGCCUCACUACUAGACCUGUAGUGAAAUUGGUUCCGCUUCCCACUCAAUAAUAAUAAAUUCUGUUUUAUAUAAUUAGUGAAGGAGAGACAGUUCAGUCUACUCAAGGCUCAUUUUUUAAUUUUUUAUUUGUGUAUGAUGUUUAUCUUUACCCCAUGUUCGCUCUAGUUUCGCUGUUACGUGGUUGGUGUUUAGUUCGGCACCAACAAUGAUUCAUUUUGUAAGUAAUUUGCUUUUAUUAUUUGUUAUAUAAUCAUAUUAUAAUAACUUAGCUAUUUUUAUG